GUUCUACAAAAGGUAAAUCCUCAAUUCAAAGCCCUAAUUGUCUUCUCGUUUCUGUCCGUUAAAUAAUAACAGUCAUCGCCAUCUCCAUCUCCAUCUCCAUUGUCCCUGCCACUCUCCUCUUCUCAUCUCAGCUCCUGGGAUCGCCCUCACUCGCUUCCGGUGCGGCGGUGGCAGCUAAAAUCAAGCGAGAAUGGGGAUAAUCGAGAAGAUUAAAGAAAUCGAAGCCGAGAUGGCUCGAACCCAGAAAAAUAAAGCUACAGACUAUCAUCAUGGUCAGCCCAAGGCAAAGAUAGCAAAGCUAAGGACACAAUUGUUGGAGCCUUCUAAGGGUUCUAGCGGUGGAGGAGAUGGUUUUGAAGUUACAAAAUAUGGCCAUGGACGUGUUGCAUUGAUAGGAUUUCCAAGUGUUGGGAAGUCAACUCUCUUGACAUUGUUAAUUGGCACUCACUUAGAAGCUGCAUCAUAUGAGUUCACAACACUUACCUGUAUUCCUGGUAUUAUACACUAUAAUGAUACUAAAAUUCAGCUGCUUGACCUUCCUGGAAUUAUUGAAGGUGCUUCAGAAGGCAAGGGACGUGGAAGACAGGUUAUUGCUGUUUCCAAGUCUUCAGACAUAGUGUUGAUGGUUCUUGAUGCCUCAAAAGCAAGUGUUUAUGUACCCUACAUGGUGUUUUGCUACCAUUACAAGCUGACGAAUGGAUACAAAGGGUGUAAAUCUUAUCUUCGAGAGAAUUGAACACACAAAUAUGCAUUCACCUGGUUAGUUUUACAUAACCUUCAAGGCUCGAAACGCUACUACAGAUGAAGUCAACUAGGGUCUUUCGCUAGCCACCUACCCGUUCUGACAUUGAAGGUGAGCUUUUCAGGCUUAAAAUAGAGCGCGCAGGUCAUAAUUAAUUGAAAGCUGAUAGCUAUUAGUGCCUAUCUAGCCUAUGUACUCGGGUUCGAAGAAGCCGUCCGCGGAAAAAUUUCAUGGCUCUUCUGAAGUUCAAUCCAAGUAGGAUGGGCAUGACAGUUACACUGGUAAAGGAGGCACUUGGUGCACAUAAUUUUCUACAAGAUAAUGAUGAGAAAGUGCAAUCUGCCCCUGCACAGGUUCAGCAAAGGUUCCUAGGUGUACCAGACAAAGAUAUACAGUUCUCAGCAACAGGUGCAGUCAAGGGCCAUAAGGUGCUGAAACAAGUAGAUUCAACUGGGGAUUGAGACGAUAAUGUAGUUUCUGUGCCCACAUCCAAAGUUGGAAUUAGAAGGAAACAUCAUCGAGCUUGGACUCUCUCUGAGGUUAUGAAGCUAGUUCAGGGUGUAUCUAGGUAUGGGGCUGGAAGGUGGUCUGAGAUCAAACGGCUUGCAUUUGCAUCCUAUUCGUAUCGCACCUCCGUUGAUCUCAAGGAUAAAUGGAGGAAUCUACUGAAAGCUAGCCUUGCACAGAUAUCUUCAAAUAAAGGGAUAAAUUCCCGAAAAAAUGUUACUUCAAUGCCGAUUCCUGAACCCAUUUUAUUGAGAGUUAGAGAGCUUUGCUGAGAUGCAGUCAGAGGUUCCACCAAAUCUAAAGCUCAAGCAAGGUGGCUGGAAAUAGUGUACAUGAAAAACAAUCAGGGUGCUUAUAACAUUGUAACUUGUAGAUUUUAGUUGUAUAAAUUGCAAAUAAACGCACAUCAGUUUGUCCACAUUUUGAUGAUUGUUCUUUUGCUGCUGCCUCUUACGGUGGCUGGUGGUGGUCCCAGUGAACAGUCGAUAUCUAAACAGACGGGACAACCACAUAGUCUGUAACUAGAAUUUAAGCCAAGGAGAGUGAGUGGAUCAGUAAGAAAAAGUUCAUUAGUUUGA